GAAGCAGUCAGGCAGUAUUCCCGACAGAUAAGAACGAGCCUCAGAGAUAAGCAUGAAACGAGGUUAUAAAUUCUUGAGUCACCAGCCGGGGUGAGCCACUAUCACUAUCACCACCACCACAAGACAUUGUUCUCCGUUAUCAGCCGUACAGACGCACCCGAAGCUUGUCAGCGUGAUAAUAAGCGCAGGAGCUUACCUGGCAGCUUGCUACUAAGCGCAGCUCCGUCUCAACAUGAGUUCGGGGCCCCCACCACCGUACAACCCACAGGCAUCCUAUGGGGCCCAGACAAACCCACAUCCACCACCUAACAACCGCGACCCGUCCUACGGGGUCCAGUAUAAGCAGUAUCCACCACCGUACGACGCUGGGCCGUCCUAUGGGCCGCAGUAUGGCCAGUACCCACAACCAUACAACCCUGGACCAGCCUACGGACCACCACCACCCGGUGGCUCACGGCAGCAGCAGACCGUCAUCAGUAUGCAGCCCGGUGUUGGCGCCACAUCGGUAGUGGUCAUUCCUGGCGGCAACUGCCCUGCCUGUCGGAUGUAGCUGUCAGAUUCGUAU